AUGUUGAGAACAGCCAUCAGACAGCCGCUGCGCCCGGCCCUGCUCAAUGUUACCCGUGCUCUCGCCACGCCGUCCACCACAGCCGUAGGCCCAUCUCGCCUCGAAGAAAACAUGCCGCUCGGGUCUGAAGCCAAGCCACAGAACGCUAUGGACUAUAUCCUUACAACGGCUGAUUCAGUGGUCAAUUGGGCGCGACAAGGUUCGCUUUGGCCAAUGACUUUUGGACUCGCUUGCUGUGCGGUGGAGAUGAUGCACGUCUCUGCGCCCCGAUACGACCAGGACCGUCUCGGAAUCAUUUUCCGUGCUUCACCACGUCAAUCGGAUGUCAUGAUUGUUGCUGGUACCUUGACAAACAAGAUGGCACCGGCAUUGAGGCAAGUGUAUGACCAGAUGCCUGAACCUCGUUGGGUCAUCUCUAUGGGAUCAUGUGCGAAUGGAGGUGGUUACUACCACUACAGUUACUCGGUUGUACGGGGAUGUGACCGUAUCGUACCAGUGGAUAUCUAUGUGCCUGGUUGCCCGCCUACAUCAGAAGCACUCAUGUACGGCAUCUUCUUGUUGCAAAAGAAGCAAGCUGCACAGAAGCUGACCAGGCUCUGGUGGCGCACGUAA